AUGUUUCCAGUCAUUCUCUUGGUCACCCUUUUAUACCAUGGCGUUGAUUCGAAUGUUCUCGAUUACUUAUCAUAUGUCGAUGUGGCCUUGUUAAUCCAUUCCACAACAACAGAAGCUCCAACAACGACGGAGAGUAUUGAUUUGGCGUUGGGUGGAACGCCUGAGAACGGAUUUGUGGUCGAUUAUACAGCUGCGCCUUAUUUGGAAUUUGCAGAAACCAACUGUAAGCACACUGUAAUUUUUUUGAAAUCAUAGUAAUUUUAUUAUACAUAAUUUAUUUCUUAUACUGAUGACAUAAUCUUCUUCAGCGGGUGAAUGCGAGGAUGACGCAAAAAAUGAUUGCACAGUGCCGAAGAAACGUAAAUUAUGUAAUGAUAAGGUGUACCUCAGCUUGAUGAAGAAGUAUUGCAAAAAGACUUGUCGAUUUUGCGGAGACCAACAGAAUGGACAGCCUCAACCUGUGGCGACCACAAGUAAGUGGUUGAUUUUGUAACUUUUUCACAAUUUUUAUAUCUUAUCGUAAGGCUUCCCAGUUUAGCCCUAGAAUAGGACUAAAAGAUUACUGUAAAGUUGUUUUUUAUCGGAUCUGUACCUAACCUCGCCUUGACAAAGAAGCCUCAGCAGUUUCUAAGUAUUACAUUUCGCGGCGAACUUGAUAAUCAGCCGAUUAAAUUUUAAACUACAGACUAAUGGACUUUCGCUCUAUCCCUGGAUUUUAUUGAUGACUUGUAAGCAUACCACCAUACUUUUAGAUAAAAACAAAUAAGAGGAGAUUCUAAAAAUGUGUUCAAAUACAACACGAGACGCCGUGUAUAAACAACCUAUAUAACCAUUAACAUUUUUUACACCAUGUUGUUUGUCGGUAUAGUGCUUAUUUUAAUAGUUGUCAUUAUUUUCAGCGGAAUGCAAAGAAGAUACGACCACAGAUUGCCAAAAGCCAGAGGUCAGAAGGUUAUGCGACAACGCCGCUUACCAUCGGCUAAUGAUGCUGAAAUGCGCCAAAACCUGUGGUUGUGGCACGACAGUCAACACUCCGAGUACUCCAUCUACACCAACAACAGCGUCAACGCCGACUACAGAUUCAACAGCGAGCACACCGACCACUCCCACCACACCAACGGAAGGCACAACAGACACAAGUGCAUCUACGAAAAGUUUGGAUGAUUGUGAUUAG